AUGGAGGAUGAAGAGCAGACACUGAUGGCGACAGAAGACGCCUGCCGUGUUUACGUUGGAAACUUAUGUCCCAAGGCCAAGGAAGCACACAUAGCUAGCAAAUUCUCUCAAUUCGGGACAAUUCAUAGUGUCUGGAUCGCUCGCAGGCCUCCAGGUUUUGCCUUUGUCCGUUUUGAAUGUCCAGAUGCUGCGCAGCGGGCAGUCAGUGCGUGUCAGGAGACUCGGGCUAUGAUAAUCUUUGGCAAGGCUGUGCGCGUUGAAAUGGCCGGGGAAAAGGACAGAAAGCUUUCGACAGACACGACCAUCCAACAGGUUAAAAACCGCAAAACCUUGGAUGUGGCGCGUGUAUUCCAAGAUUGCGCGGCAAUCAUCACAUCAAAAGGAGGUAUUAUUCGCUCGACAGAGAAUUGUGGCGAAAAGCGGUUGGGCUACGGCAUUGAAGACCGUCGGUGGGGCGCACUGCAGCGCCAUUAUGAAAGCAAAGUUAUCGUGCAACAAUUCACUACGUCGGCUGCUGUGCUCAAGGAGGUGGAGACCAAAUUGAAAAAUUGUUUUCCAGUCAUUCGCUUUCAAACCUUUAAAGUUCGCGACCCACUGGACAAGCUAAUGAAUACACGCAUGACGCUAGAGGAGGCUCAGCUUUUGCUCAAUCCGGCAGCCAAGGCCAAGGCUCUACAAGCUGCUAGGGAGGCAAAAAGGUCUUCUCGUACGCAUGAUUCCAAUUUGGCUGACGUUAAACCUGAAGACUUUUUCGACCAGGAGGAGGAAAAUGAAGCUGCUCAGUAUAAGCAGUAUGUGCCAGAGUGGAAGCGUGACGCUUUAUUCGAGCCUGAUGUGCCUGCACAUCUCAAGACAAAGGUGCAUGAAAAGUAA